AGCUCCAAAACAAAAUAUCCUAACCAAAUAGUCAAAAAAUAUGUCAACUAUGUAAUUCUUUAACAAAUUGACCUUUCUCUAUUAAUAAUAAUUAAAAUUUUCUUGUGUAUGUAUUGUUAGUUUUUUUUCUUGUCUAAUUUUCAAACAAAAAAAUGACAGUCCACAAUUUGUAUAUCUUUUCGCGAAAUGGAGUACUGUUGUAUUAUGCUGAAUGGAACAGAUUGAAUAAAUCUGGCAUCACGAAAGAAGAAGAAGCUAAGCUUAUGUAUGGAAUGUUAUUUUCAAUUAAAUCAUUCGUAAAUAAAAUAUCACCGUUAGACCCUAAGGAAGGAUUUUUGUAUUAUAAAACAAGCAAAUAUACAUUACAUUAUUUAGAAACACCCUCAGGAUUAAAGUUUGUGAUAAAUACGGACAAUAUUUCACAAAAUGUACGACAACUUUUACAACAAUUAUAUAGUCAGGUUUAUGUUGAGUAUGUUGUAAAAAAUCCUUUUUGCCAACUCAAUGAACCUAUACAAAGUGAAGUGUUUAAAAGUAAACUUGAUGAACUCAUUAAAAAAUCACCAAUUUUUUUAAAUCGAUCAUUAUAAGCAUUAUAUUUUAUUCUAAUUUCAUCAAUUGAUUAAAAACUAUCUAAUAUGUGUAUGUAAAUUACAUAAUUUUCAUUUUUAAAUUUCAAUCCUUUAUUUGAAAUUCAUUGAAUGUUACUUGAUUCAAACUGGUAACAAUUGUUGAACGGUGUUGAUCGAAAAAAAGUAUGUGAAAAUAAUGGUGAGAGGUUUUGUUUAAUAUAAACAAUAGCUGAUAUGAUUAUUGUGUUUAUCAGAAAUAUUGAAGGAUAGCAAUUUAUUCUGUAAACAGUAGAUAAAAAUGAUUUCUAGAUUGUGUAUACAUUUAGAUAGCAGUUUUAUUACUUUAUGGUGAAAAAAUUUCUGAAUAUCAUAAUAAUAUUAGAUUAUAUUUAGCUUAUAUUUCAUGAUAAAAAUGUAUUUAAUAUAAAUACUUAUGUA